GGGAGGUGCAUACAGAACCUAGGGAAGGAGAGAGAGUGCACAGGGAGAGUUGAGUCAGACUCAGAGCAGACCAUGGGCAGCCCAAGACGUUCCGCAGCAAUGCUGGGAGAGAGGUGAGGGCGCUCUCCGCGAGGGGAACCGGAGCAGCCGGCAGCCGAGAGCAGGGAGCGGUUUCAGGGCGCCGUCGGGAGCGGGGCCCGGAGCCGCCGCCGCCCCCCUUCCCCGUCCCCCCCCGCCGCCGCCGGGGGCCCCGAGCCCGGAGGCAGCUCCCCGCCCUCCCGGGAUGCCCGAGCAGUGCAAGAACCUCACCUACGUCCAGGGCAACGGGGGGCCGGUGACCAGCGCGCUGAUGUUUGUGGCCGGGGUGGUGGGCAACGGGCUGGCCCUGGGCAUCCUGGCGGCGCGGCGGCGGGUGCUGCGCGCGCGCUCCUCGGCCUUCGCCGUGCUGGUCACGGGCCUGGCGGGCACCGACCUGCUGGGCACAUGCUUCCUGAGCCCCGCCGUCUUCGUGGCGUACGCCCGGAACAGCUCGCUGGUGGGGCUGGCCCGCGGCCCGGGGCUGUGCCACUGCUUCGCCUUCGCCAUGACCUUCUUCGGCCUGGCCUCCACGCUGAUCCUGGGGGCCAUGGCGGUGGAGCGCUGCCUGGCGCUGAGCCACCCCUACCGCUACGCCCAGCUCAACAGCUGCCGCUACGCCAAGCGGGCGCUGCCCGCCAUCUACGCCUUCUGCGCGCUCUUCUGCUCGCUGCCGCUGCUGGGCCUGGGCCGCCACCAGCAGUACUGCCCCGGCAGCUGGUGCUUCAUCCAGAUGCGCUCCGACGAGGCGGCCGUGCGCGCCUUCUCGCUGGCCUAUGCCGCCCUGGUGGCGCUGCUGGUGGGGGCCAUCGUGCUGUGCAACGGCUCCGUCACCCGGAGCCUGUGGCGGAUGUACCGCGAGCAGCGGCGGCGGCGGGGCUCCCUGGCGCCGGGCCGGGCCGGGCCCGGGCCGCGCGACGGCGAGGACGAGCUGGACCACCUGAUCCUGCUGGCGCUCACCACGGGCAUCCUGGCCAUCUGCUCGCUGCCCCUGACGAUUCGUGGCUUCAGACAGGCUUUCAAACCUGACCCCAAGGACGGGGGCGACCUCACUGCUUUCCGAUUCAGUGCCUUCAACCCCAUCCUGGACCCCUGGGUGUUCAUCCUGUUCAGAAAAGCCGUUUUCCGAAGGCUCCAGCAGGUGCUCUGCAGCCUCCGCCAAGCCCCGCCCAGGGGGCCCGCAGCUGUUAAGGUCCAUAAUUUCCCUUUUCCCGACACAACCCAGGGAUGAAGCGCCAGGCACCUGCUCUUGUUCCAUCCCCCAGCCUCCAUUUACCGACUCAGCUCUUGCCAGACUGGGGGAGGGGGGAGGGAGGGCUGGGCUCACUGGGAUGGAUCUAGGAGGGAGGACAGAUUGUUGGUACCCAAGGCAGAGUCGGCCCCUUGCCCCCCAACCCAUGUCAGAAACGGACCAAAUCUCAACUCUCUGUGUGCCUCUCUGUCCCUGCCCCAUCUGAGUUUUCUCCUGUGGAAAAGGCAACCCUAGAAUAGCUCCCAAGGACCCUUCCAGCUUCAAGAGCGGAUGAGCUUCUCGGGGCCACAGGCAGCUGCUUGGGUGGGGCUCAGCCAGGGCGGGAGCCCGGGGACAGAUAUGGCCGCUUUCCUCAGUGUUAGCCCAGGGACCCGGGCAUCCGCCCUGCCAGGGUCUGCACAAUCCUCCAGGCUCGGGCUUUGCCCCGGCACUCGCCCCGGUAAGUAGCUGCCCCCAUAGAGGCCGGACGACAGAGAAAGAAGGGGACAAAGUUUGUCCUGGAACCCAAAAAGAAUAGUGAUCUUAAAAUAACCAGCUCCUCUGGUCCCUUGCCCCAGCUCGGCCUGGCCCAACACUCCCAAAGCUCUCCAUCUCACUGUCUAAAUAUUUGGAAAAGCAGGGAGGUUCUCAACGGCUUCUGUACCCUCAGCGUGAAGCCCCCCGCCCAGGACCGAUCCCUGCCAUCUUCCCCACGGGUGGACCUCCCCCUCUCCAGGGUGGGAGACCCCCACAUCUCAAGGGUUCCCACCACCAUCAGCACCCGCUGAAAAGUCAUCUCAUGGACUCCAGCCCCGGCCCCUGUCCCUAAUCAAGGUUUCCCCAGGGGAGAUGGUGAAAGGGAUGCCAGGAGGAAGAGGAUGGAGUGGGCUGGUGGCUGGGGGUGAGCUGUGGGGCUUGUCAGGGAUGAAAAGGGAGCGGCCGAGUCCAAGCAGGAAAGCAGAGGGCAGUGGCAGCGUGGGGGUGGGGCGGGCAGAGAGGGUGGUUCUGUCACGGAAGCAUGUUCCCAUCCAGACAUUGGGAAAAGGGCCAAGAGACCCACAGCACUAAGCCUCCGCGUCACAAAUAAAUGGGCAUCGCGAGCUUAUUUACAGGCAAAA